AUGGGUUACGCUUGGUUUCGGGGUUUGCUGUUGGCCGUUUUAGUCGGUAGUUUUACUGUGAUGAUUCGUGGGCUCGAUAAUGGCCUUGCCCCGCGACCCCCGAUGGGAUGGAUGAGCUGGGAGCGGUACCGGUGCAUUACGGAUUGCAAAAAGUAUCCGGACGAGUGCAUCAGUGAACAACUCUUCAAACGGGUGGCCGAUCUAAUGGUAUCGGAAGGAUACCUUGACGCGGGCUACGAGUACGUUAAUAUUGAUGACUGCUGGAUGGAAAAGGAACGUGACGAGAACGGUGUGCUGCAACCGGACCGGGAGCGUUUUCCGAAUGGCAUAAAGCACCUUGCUGAUUAUAUUCAUGAACGUGGUCUAAAAUUUGGCAUUUAUCAAGACAUCGGAACAAAGACCUGCGCCGGAUACCCCGGAAUGGUGGGUUUCUUUGAGCUCGACGCACAAACGUUCGCAGAUUGGGGCGUAGACUUUAUAAAAAUUGACGGUUGUUACGCGGAUUUGGAACUUAUGGUUGAUGACUACAUCAAGUUUGGUGAGUAUAUGAACAAAACGGGACGGCCCAUACUUUACUCCUGCUCGUGGCCAGCUUAUCAGGAGUAUAACGGAAUCAUUCCCGACUACGAGCAGCUAAAGGAAACGUGUAACAUGUGGCGCAACUGGGGAGAUAUAGAGGAUUCGCACCAGUCCGUGGAGGAGAUCACGAAAUAUUUUUCUGAUAACCAAAAACGAAUCAUACCCCACUCUGGACCCGGCCAUUGGAACGAUCCGGAUACGCUGGUUCUGGGCAACUAUGGACUGAGUUACGCACAAAGCAAAUCUCAGCUUGCCGUGUGGACCUUACUUGCUGCUCCGUUCCUCAUAUCGAACGAUCUAUCUCGUGUCACCCCGGAGAUCAAAGAACUGCUGCUGAACAAAGCCAUCAUUGCGGCGAACCAAGACUCUCUUGGACGGCAGGGACGGCUUGUAAAGACGGUCAACAAAAUAGAGAUUUGGAAACGGCCGAUUCUACCGAAGAUCGGAUCCGAGUUGACGCAAGUCGUUGCUUUUGUCAGCCGCCGGGCCGAUGGAGCUCCGUACGCCAUCAAGGUGAAUCUGCGGGAAGAUGUCGGCCUAAGCAACAGCACCGUCGUGAAGGGCUACAAAGUUUACGAUCUGUUUGAAACGCAAGCGAAUCCAGCUUUUGUCCGUGUCAAAGAUCACUUUGAAACACGCGUUGACCCAACCGGAGCAAAUCUGUAUCGUUUCGUGCCUAUAGUUAGUACGGGUUUUAUCCGUUUAUCGACCAAUGUUGAUGGAGAAGAGUAA